AUGUCUCCAUCAACAGAAUCGAGGCACAGCAAGGACGGAUCCGCGGACCUGGAGAAGCAGGAUGCAGACGAGGCUUACCAACGUUCAGAGGAGCAGAAGACUCCUACCAAUCAGGAUUCAUCGCCAGAUGUCCAAGACCCGAAUCUGGUCGACUGGGAGGGACCAGAUGACGCAGCGAAUCCUAUGAACUGGCCAAAGUCAAAGCGCAUCGGACAUGUUGUCAUGGCCAGUUUGACCACUCUAUUUGCGAAUAUCACCUCGACUGCCUUCGCCCCGGCUGCCAGCUCCCUCGAGGCUGAGUUUGGCGUCACAAACAGCACCGUUGCGGCUUUCACCGUGUCGAUCUACUUGAUGGGGUUCGCAUUUGGCCCACUGGUGAUUGCGCCCCUCUCCGAACACUUUGGCCGGCUUCCCAUCUACCGCGUCUGCAUGGUGAUAACCGUGGGGUUCCUGAUAGGGUGCGCCCAAGCUAAGAAUCUCGGCAUGUUCCUGGUGUUUCGACUGAUUACAGGCAUCGCUGGAUCAGGCCCAGGAACCAUUGGUGGAGGAACAAUCGCGGACGUAAUGGCACCUGAGAAUAGAGGCAAGGCCAUGGGCGCCUUCGCCAUGGGGCCGCUCAUGGGUCCGGUACUGGGCCCCUUGAUGUCUGGAUUCAUCGCGCAAUACCUCAACUGGCGGUGGGUAUUCCGCAUUCUCUGCAUUGCUACCGGAGUGAUCACCAUCGUCCUGUACUGCAUCAUGACCGAGACGUACGGCCCUGUUCUGCUGAAGCGCAAAGCCGCCCGCCUCCGCAAGGAGACGGGAAACCCCGAUCUCCACACCAGAUUCGAAUCGAGCGGUGUCAGCCCGCUUGCUUCUCUCGGCAUGGCUCUGCAGCGGCCGUCCAAGAUGUUGAUCUUCUCGCCAAUCGUGCUGCUCCUCUCACUCUACUGUGCCUUCGUCUUCGGCCUUCUGAUUCUGCUCUUUACCACAUUCUCGUCGGUGUAUAGAAAGCAGUAUGGCUUCAGUGUAAGUAUGGGUGGACUUUCAUAUCUGGGGUUAGGCAUGGGCCUCGCAGUGGGCCUGGUUUGCUUCGGGAUCCUAUCCGACAAGGUGGCCAAAAAGGACUCAGCCAAGAGCUCGGAAUGGAAGCCGGAGGCUCGCCUGCUGCUGAUGGUCUGGUUUGCACCCGUCAUCCCCGGCGGCUUCUUCUGGUACGGAUGGACCUCCUACUACAAGGUGCACUGGAUACUGCCGAUCAUUGGCACGUCGUUCAUUGGCAUGGGGGCUCUGAUGGUCAUGAUGCCCAUUCAGGUGUACCUUGUCGAUGCGUUCGGGCCGCGAGUCGCAGCCUCCGCUUUGGCCGCAAACACGCUUCUCCGCUCGCUAGCCGGAUGUUUUUUGCCCCUUGCUGGUCCCUCGCUUUACGAGGCGCUUGGUCUAGGCUGGGGCAACACUCUACUCGGUUUCAUCGCCGUCGGCUUCACCUGCCUGCCUAUCCUUUUCUACAAAUACGGCGGAAGGCUGCGGCUGAAGUUUCCUAUCACGUUCUAG